GAGCGGCGGGGAUUGGCUGCCGCGGGGGCGGGGCCGCCGAAGGAAGGGCUCGCUUGGUUCGCUGCGGCGGGCGGAAGGGACGGGGCGGCCGGCGGAGGGGAGCGGGGUCAAUGGCGGCGCUGCGGGCCCGGCGGUGCCGCUCGCUGUGAGGGGCCGCGACAGUAUUCCACAAUGGAAGGGGGAGAUGGCACUGCUGACCUGGUGAUUAACAAGAGGUUCGUGUCUGAAGCAGAGCUAGAGGAGCGACGAAAGAGAAGGCAAGAGGAAUGGGAAAAGGUCCGAAAACCUGAGGACCCAAAAGAAUGCCCAGAGGAAGCCUAUGACCCACGGUCCUUGUAUGAAAGGCUCCAGGAGCAGAGAGAAAAGAAGCAGCAGGAGUUUGAGGAGCAAUUUAAAUUCAAAAAUAUGGUAAGAGGCUUAGAUGAAGAUGAGACACAUUUCCUUGAUGAGGUUUCUCGGCAGCAAGAGCUACUAGAAAAACAACGAAGGGAAGAAGAGCUGAAAGAACUAAAUGAAUACAGAAUAUCCUUUGCACUAAACACUCUCACUAAAGUGGGAGUCAGUAUGGACCCAAAGAAGGAAACUGAGAAGAAAUUGCCCAUGAAGUCAGUGGAAAACAAGAACAAAUUUUCUCAGGCAAAGCUGUUGGCAGGAGCUGUGAAACACAGAAGUUCAGAUGGUGGUAACAGUGUCAAGAGAUUGAAACUAGACACUGACCACGAGGAAAAGAAUCCAGAAAAGCCCUCCUGUGUUGCCUUGGGGAGCAGCUCAGUGGGAGGCUCCACGGUGCAUUGUCCCUCAGCAGCCGUGUGCAUUGGGAUCCUGCCUGGCCUGGGCGCCUACUCGGGGAGCAGCGACUCCGAGUCCAGCUCGGACAGCGAGGGCACCAUCAAUUCCACUGGGAAGAUUGUCUCUUCUGUCUUUCGUGGCAACAGCUUCUUUGAUGGUCCAUAACAAAAUCCCUCCGUGUGUAAUGUAGUGCAGAAUAUCUUCCAAAGCCCUGGUGGAUGCCUGUUGCAUCCUUCUGCCCCAAAUAUAAUCUUUCUAGCUAACCUCUCAACUUUAUUACACUCAGAUACUCCUAAAGUAACUCAUUAUCCCCCCCUGCCCCUCCCUUCCCCCCCAACUUUCCAUUUCUGGGGUGCAUACUGAGCCUGGAAGAAAAGCUGCCAUCCUAAAGCAGAAGGCACACCUAACCAUGUCACAAAGGUCUGAGGGUAUGGAGGAGAGAGCUUUAUCUUUUACAAUUCUUAUGGAAAGAAUUAUGUUGAUUUAAGAAGUUUAUACAAGACUAACAGGCAAAAAAUAAUCACUUGAAGCAGUGAAGUCUUGUAGAAACAGCCAUGUGUUCUGUUUUAAAAUGUCAUUUUUAUUCUGUAUUUGAAAAAUGGGGGCAGAACCAAAUUUGAACAGAUGGUGAAGUGUAGAUUGCCAUGACACUGUAAAGAAGUUUUAGUGUUAUAUGAUUAAAGACAUUCUGAAUGCA